AUGUACACCUUAUCGACCUUCUUUGCUCUCUCCCUUCCCACCAUCACCCUUGCAAUGGUCACGGUCUCAGACCCUUCAGAUAUCAUCUCUCCAGCCCUCUGGGCGGCCGACAAUGCUAUCGUUCCUGACUACAACGUACCAUUUGUCAGUGUUCAACCAGAGAAUAUCCCAGCAGCCUAUGAAUUUGAGGCGAAUUCCACAUCGAUCAGUCACAGAGCUUUCUCCACGUCUCUCAAUGACACGUCUGCGAUUUUGGUCGCAAAUAAUGCGGAACUGAACCUUUCUUUCGUGGAUAUUGAGAAGUCGGGUUAUGCUUCGAAUUUGUUAUGGUCGAGCUUCUACGGAUUCAAUGCAGCGGUAAACAUUGCAAAUGCAUCUACUGCUCAUCUCGACAAUGUGAACAUUACAGUGCACAAUGGUGCGGCAAAUGUUUACGUCUAUGGGUCCGACAGCGUUGUACACGUCAACAACAGUUGGCUCUACAGUUCCGGCCCUGUCUCGCACGGCGUAUAUGCAUCUGGAAACGGGACUGCUUAUGUCUCCAACGUUCAGCAAUUCUCUGGAGGGAGGCGAUCGUCUGCAUUUUCGGGAGACAGCCCCGCUGGAUAUAUUCAUGUCUCCGAUUCAGUCGCUCAUACUACCGGGAUCGGGAGCGCAACAUUUUACGCGCUUGGCGAAAUCUACGCGAACAAUGUUGUGGCUGUUUCUGAGAAUGGACCAACCAUCUUCAUGGAUGGGACUCAAAAAGCUUAUCUCACCAAUUGCGACACAACUGCUGGUCUCCUCGGCGGCGUUGCCAUUUUCUCCUCCAUGAUUCGCACAUCUGGGGCCAUAUUGUCUCUGAAAAGCUCAAAGAUUACUACACUGGGAUCGGACAUGCCUGGACUCUGGUUCGGAAAUACUAUUAUUGACGUUUCCCUGUACGAUACGCAGCUGGUGACGGCGAGUGGUAUUCUGGUCGUUGCCAAUUACUCACAAAUUACGCAAGACUUCGAUUACUAUGCCUCAUACCUGGACAAUGCGAACCUCCUUCCUGCUGAAGUCUCCGUCAAAGUGGAGGAAUCCACACUUGUGGGCGAUCUCGUUGCUUAUAACUCGAGUUCAAUCAGUUGGUCUCUCGAAUCUCAUAGUUCAUGGACUGGAGGAGCUUAUUCUGGGUAUGGAAAUGCGUAUUUCGACAUCCAUCUCGACGGUACAUCAAGCUGGAAAUUGACUAACACGACUGUACUUCAAAAUUUUACGAAUGAAGAUACGACUCUCUCGAAUAUCGAUAGCCAAGGUUUCAAUAUUUAUUACAAUUCCAGCGCAGGCUUGAAUGGAUAUCUGGGAGGCGAGACCAUUGCCUUGACAGGAGGUGGGAAUGCUAUUCCGGUCUGA